AUGGUCAGUCAGGCAGCCAUGCGAGGCCAGCGCGUGGCGGAGAGCGAGUGUAGGUGCUGGAACCCGGCCGUCUGGCUCCUGGUGUCCCUGCUGGGUUCCCUAGUCUUGGUUGCCGUCAGUGUGCUGCUGCGAUUUGGAGACAUAAAAAUAAACAGACGGGCUGUAUCCACCAAUGGCGUGCAAAGCCUGGUAAAGACGCAGUACCAAGUACAACUGGUGAAUGGACGUAACAGGUGUGAGGGUAGAGUGGAGGUGCGCUACAAUGAAUCAUGGGGCACAGUGUGUGACGACGACUGGGACAUGGUGGAUGCCAACGUGGUGUGUCGGCAGCUGGGCUGCGGAGUGGCUGUGGCAGUGGGCAGCAGCUCUCAGUUUGGACAAGGCAUGGGGCUGAUCCUGCUGGAUAAUGUGGACUGCAGAGGAAGUGAAACAGACCUCAGCCAGUGCCGUAGUCUGGGCUGGGGCAUCCACAAUUGUUAUCACUAUGAGGAUGUGGGUGUCACCUGCAGAGAACUAGCAAUGGUGGGGGCAAGAGGUUUUGAGGAUCGCACCACACCGCCCCAGGAGAACUCCGGUUUACGAGAUGGCACCAUCCGUCUGGCAAAUGGACAGAAUACCUGCCAAGGCCGGGUAGAGAUCUACUACCAGGGAAACUGGGGCACAGUGUGUGAUGAUGACUGGGUCCUCAGCAAUGCCCAGGUGGUGUGCCAGCAGAUGGGCUGCGGUACUGCCGUCUAUGCACACACCAACUCCUACUUUGGCUAUGGGACUGGCCUGAUUCUCCUGGACAAUGUCAACUGCUACGGCACUGAACAGGACCUGACUAAAUGCAAAAGCCUGGGAUGGGGCAAACACAACUGUGGACAUCAUGAGGAUGCUGGGGUCACCUGCACUGCAACAAAUAAAGUUCCAGUCACCAAGGCACCAAGUACAACAACUGUUACAACAACAACAACAACAACAACAACUGCCCAGACAAAAAGCACAUCAGGCAUUCGUGUGAUGAAUGGUAACAGUAGCUGCCAGGGUCGUGUAGAGGUCCUCUACAGAAAUGUUUGGGGGACGGUGUGUGAUGAUGACUGGGACAUGACUAACGCCAACGUGGUGUGUAGGCAGCUUGGAUGUGGCCCAGCUAUUGCAGCCAAGGCCCAGGCCUACUUCGGCUACGGUGUGGGUCCGAUCCUGCUAGACAAUGUGGAAUGUAGCGGCUUUGAAACAGAGCUGUCUCAGUGCUUUCACCUGGGCUGGGGUCAGCACAACUGUGGCCAUCACGAAGAUGCUGGAGUUAUCUGUGCACCUCCUGGUCCUCAGUUGGCGUCCUCUUUUGAAUUCUACAUUGCAAAUGGACGUGACUUUAGAGUACCAGAAAGCACACCUACCACUACCACACAACCCUCUGAAGGAAUGGUGAGGCUGGUGGGUGGCCAGCACCGAUGUGAGGGUCGAGUAGAGAUGUACUUAAAUUCUGGAUGGGGAACAGUGUGCGAUGAUGCUUGGGAUCUCCCUGACGCUCAGGUUGUGUGUCGCCAAAUGAGUUGUGGACAGGCCACGGCGGCUUGGGGACAAGCUUUCUUCGGGCCCGGCACAGGAACAAUCCUGCUGGACAAUCUUAAGUGCAGUGGUGCAGAGGUCUCCCUGCAGGGGUGCUCCCAUAUAGCCUGGAAUGUGCACAAUUGUGACCACUCUGAAGAUGCUGGUGUCACCUGCUCACUGUCGUGA